AACUCUCGACUUUCUCUUCUCAUUCUUCAUUCUAGAAUAAAGCAACGAGAAAUAACAAACAGCAAAACUCAACAAGACAGUCAUUGCCUGUCCCAUCCGUGCAUACACAAGCCCGCUGGUUCACCCAUCAGCUUACUCUUUGCACCCCAUCACGUCACCCUGCGAUUUGAGCCACCCCACCGAUUCGGAACAGCAGGCGAAAUACAUCAAAAGAUAAAUACACCACGGCUCGCCUGCCUUGACUUUGGACGCUUUCAGAACGUCUGAAACAUCUCCGGACUAAGAACCAAAAAGACACUUUUGACGCCAGAAGAUGCCCGCUGCCGCAUUGAUCUCCAACCACAACUUUGCCUCCGCCUCUUCUUCCGACUCCGACGUCCCUUCAUCUUCCGCCAGAAUGGACUCCAACCCUCGGCCCAUUGCCUCCGUGCUGGUGCUGCGCUGCAUGCGGUGCGCUCGAUCCGCCGAGACGACGACGACGGACGAUGCGAGCACAGCCGGCAUGGUGCGCAUCUCGCACAAUCUCUACUACUGCGAGCGAUGCGCCAAGCUCGUGGGAUACAAGUAAAGCAAUCUCCAGCACGCCUCUCACGUCACACGCAAACUUGUACAACUACCUUGUUGUAUUAUAUACUCCCCAUUUUGAAUUUCUUUCUUUGUUUGAAAACAGCGAGCAUUACGGCAUAUAUAGACGACACCUCAUCUGGACCAUAGAAACGACACGAGACUCUUUGACGGCUGUUUGCGACACGCAUUGGCAAUGCCGCUACGCCGUGUCGAAACCAAACAUCUUCCGUCAUCAACAGCAUCCGCGGCUCUACCCAUCUACACAAGCCGCCCUUGGCCAUCCCGGACAGGUCGAAACAUGCCAUCACCUGUCUGAAAAGUCGAGCCCUCACUUGUAUCUGUGCACGCUUAGGUCAGACGUCCACGGGCACAGUCACGCCUUGGACCUGGCAUCUGGCUUUUGGCCUCUCCUGGAUCGACGACCAAAACGGGCGCUGGCCAUGAAGUUGCUAUCUUUAUCCUAUCCCAUGUCUUCCCGCAGCGGGCGACCCCGCGAGCCCAGAAAGGGACGGGAUUCGUCACCCAGUGUGUCGGCUCAACGGUCAGCACUCUAUGCGGCAUAGCUUGGGUCGUGAUUCCCGGGACCGAAGCAGCCGCUGGCCACAUGGGAUGUGAGAUCUGCAACGCGCUGAGCCUGCGGGUGCCUGCGGAUUUGUCUUAUCGCGGUGUCUCUAUUUCCGAGCUCCAGCCAUCGCUCGUUGUCGUGAAGC